UCACCAGACCCGAAACCCGUUAAGGGCCGAUGUCAGCAAAAUGAUCCAGAGGCGACAUCUUUUUCUUCCCAAAAUACCCCUCUCCGAUCUCCGCCGUCGCCUCGGCCAACUCCGGCCUCUCUCCUCCUCCAACAACUCCGGAAAGGAGGCGGCGCCUCCGCCGGCGACGGUUGCUCAGGACGACGGCGGCGUAGUAUCGAGGGAAGAGGCCUAUCGCCAAAUCCAAAAUCUUGAUUUCAUGAAAGCAGCAAAGAUUCUCUUCACUACGCCCCCAAAAAGGAAACAAUUUGGGUUUGAUUUCCAUUUGGUGCAGUUCUUCUUUGCUUGUAUGCCCUCUUUAGCUGUGUAUUUGGUGGCUCAGUACGCACGACAUGAGAUCAGAAGGAUGGAAGCGGAAGCAGAGUUGAAAAAGAAGCUAGCAGAGGAAGAAGAAGAAAAAGCUAAAGAGGCAGAAAAGGCAAAAGAAGCUGAAUUGCACUCUCUGGAAGAACACGAGUCAUCUGAUUCAGAACUGUCAAAGGUAAUAGUUAGGCUGGAUGCUCUGGAGGAGGUUGUGAAGGAAAUUGUUGACGACAAAAAGAGAACACCCAGUUUAGACUCUAAACAUGAUGGAAAUGCUUACAAGAGUUCAGAUUCUGAUGCCAAGUCGAGAGAUAAUGAGUUUAAACCAGAGAUAAGCAAAGAGAGAGCUGGUAGUUCUAAUUCUCAAACUGGUGUUCCCUCCGAUAACAAUCAGAACAAUAAAGAGAAAAAUAGAUAGCCUGUGGGAGAUAAGUAACUUGAUCCUCUUCAUUUAUUGCCAUGAUUUAUUGCAACAAGGGCAGUUUUAAGUUUAAAAUGGUUGCGUAUUCUGAAGUAUGAACCUGGCAAGGUUUCAAUUUUUGUUCAAGAUGGUUGUGAAUGGCCAAUGCUUGAUGUAAUCUUCUGUUUUUAGAUCUUCAUUAAAGCAGUGUGUUGUGUUUUAAGGCAUGAUAAACUCUGCUGAGGGUAUGCGAAUCACAGCGCAGAGCAACUCACUCUUGUUGAUGGUCGAGAAAUUAUUUCUUUGAUCCUUAUUGUUAGGUA